UGAACAUAAAGUAGAAGGACUUGCUGGUGAAGCUAACAGGUGGAGAGAGAUAUGAGGCCACUCUACUCUCUGGUCUUCACUUUCUUGUGUCUGGGGAGCCUGCUGAUCACUCUCACCUGGCACAUGUUCGACUACAAUGAUGAUGAACCUUACAGACUGCCUCGGCACAAGAAAAGCCCUUCUGCGCUCUCUAAAGGCUGCAAGGAGGUCAUCAACAAAGUAAAAGAGCGUUACUCUCAAAACUGGAAGAAGCAGGAGGACAAUUAUUCAAAGUUCAGAUCUGAGCUGAGCAGCAAGUGUAAUGGAUCUGACAAUGCCAUCAUUACCCAGGCCAACACUCCAGUGGGAUCCAAGAUUGUGUAUGAUGUGGAAAGGAAGAGGAUCCAUGAGGUAUCCCUGGAGAUUUUCAGGUCCUUUUCAAAGGAGUAUCCACUCCCAAAUAAAACAUGGGACACGUGUGCUGUUGUUGGGAAUGGAGGGAUCCUGACAGACAGCGGCUGUGGAAAGAUGAUCGAUUCAGCUCAGUUUGUUAUCAGGUGUAACCUUCCUCCUUUGGAAGACGACUAUGAGAAAGAUGUGGGCACCAAGACUGACCUCGUGACAGCAAACCCAAGCAUCCUCUCAAAGAAAUACGGGGCUCUAAUUGGACGUCGCCGUCCGUUUGUGGAGAGUCUGAGAAGCUAUGGCAACUCCCUGCUUCUCCUUCCUGCCUUCAAUCCUGUGUGCGAGCGGGCUGUCAACAGUAUUGAGGAUUUUGAAAGCUCCAUCUGGCCCGUUUUCUUAAACCCUGACUAUCUCCAUAAACUGUCCGUCUUCUGGCGCUCCCAAGGCAUAAAAGCAGCACGGCUCAGCACCGGCAUAAUGAUGACCAGCCUGGCACUGGAACUCUGUGCUAACGUGCAUGUCUACGGUUUCUGGCCCUUCAGUAAUCACCCACAAGGACUCUAUGCCCUGACUAACCACUACUACGAUGAUGCAAAAGUAAAUGCAAGAGUCCAUGUCAUGCCGGUUGAGUUUGACCUCUUGUUGCAGCUGCACAGUCAGGGGGUGCUCAGGCUUCAUCUGGAAGAUUGUCGGCCAGGUAAAUUGUAGUUCCAGGAACUAAUGAAAGCUGACAUGACAGGAGAAAAGUGGUUUGUAGUCCAGUCACCCAUGAAGUCUGUCAUAUACUUGAAUGAAUAGAUGGAUCUAUUUUGGUUGAUGACAGAGAUGGAAUGUGUUCAAGCAAGGUGCUCAGACUUACAGUGAAUACUGAAUUGGCCAAUCAGCAGCCAAAGUAUCUGCACUGAAAUCAUACAUUUUG